CCUAGAUGAGAGAAAGGGAUCCAGAAAAGUCCCAGUAUAAAUUCCAACGCUUCCAUUCAACCCUGCCUUCCAAAACCCUAGAGGAAGUAGCAAUUCCGCAGAGUAACACUCCUUCGCCAAACCAGAAAAUGGCCGCCGCCGCCGCCCGUCCCCUCGUCUCCGUCCAAGCCCUACCUUCAAUGAACGAUAUGGCCGCCGAUUCUCCGGCCACCGUUCCUCUACCCGACGUCAUGAGGGCCUCUAUCAGACCCGACGUCGUGAACUUUGUUCACUCCAACAUGUCGAAGAACAGCCGGCAACCCUACGCCGUCUCCAAGAAGGCCGGCCACCAGACCUCCGCCGAGUCCUGGGGUACCGGCCGUGCUGUCUCUCGUAUCCCCCGUGUUCCCGGUGGAGGAACUCACCGCGCCGGUCAGGGAGCCUUCGGAAACAUGUGUCGAGGCGGUCGCAUGUUCGCUCCGACCAAGAUCUGGCGCCGCUGGCACCGGAGGAUCAACGUCAACCAGAAGAGGUACGCCGUCGUUUCCGCCAUCGCCGCCUCCGCAAUCCCUUCUCUGGUGAUGGCUCGCGGCCACCGGAUCGACACUGUCCCCGAGCUGCCCCUGGUGAUUAACGACUCUGCCGAGGGGGUCGAGAAGACAUCCACGGCCAUCAAGCUGCUGAAGGAGAUCGGAGCUUAUGCUGAUGCUGAGAAGGCGAAGGACAGCGUGGGGAUUCGUCCUGGAAAAGGUAAGAUGAGGAACAGGAGGUAUAUUUCUCGCAAGGGACCUUUGGUUGUGUAUGGAACUGAAGGCGCUAAGCUGGUGAAGGCCUUCCGCAACAUUCCUGGAGUGGAAGUGGCCAAUGUGGAUCGUCUGAAUCUUUUGAAGCUUGCCCCUGGUGGCCACUUGGGUCGAUUUGUCAUCUGGACUAAGUCGGCUUUUGAGAAGCUUGACUCCAUCUACGGCUCCUUCGACAAGCCUGCUGAGAAGAAGAAUGGUUAUGUGCUGCCUAGGGCUAAGAUGGUGAAUGCUGAUUUGGCUAGGAUUAUCAACUCUGAUGAGGUUCAGUCUGUGGUGAAGCCAAUCAAGAAGGAAGUUAAGAGAGCACCAUUGAAGAAGAAUCCUUUGAAGAACUUGAAUGUUAUGCUCAAGUUGAACCCGUAUGCCAAGACCGCUAGGAGGAUGUCCUUAUUGGCUGAGGCCCAACGCGUGAAGGCCAAGAAGGAGAAGCUCGACAAGAAGAGGACUCCCAUCAGCAAGGAGGAGGCAUCUGCUAUCAAGGCUGCUGGGAAGGCCUGGUACCAAACGAUGAUUUCUGAGAGUGAUUACACAGAGUUCGAGAUCUUCUCCAAAUGGCUCGGUGUGUCCCAGUAAAUUUGGGGUAGUUUGUUUGUUUGAGUUGUGCUUUAUCCGUUGUCUACCAGUUUUGUUUAUUGGAUGGAUCAUGGAUGUUAGGGAUUUUGAUUUUGGUGGACGUGAAUGGCAAAGUUGUUCCUUAUUGCUGAUUAUUACUGUUAUAUACAUUAUUAUUAGGCAAAACAUACCUUUAUAGCCACAACUUUCGCAUUAUUGUCAACAAUAGUCACUUUGGAUAAAAUACGCAAAAUAUCCCUAAAUUCUUCGACAAUUUGUCGCCGGUAAGUUCAAAAGGGCUUGACGAUGGUGAAUUUUGAGAUGUGGAUUUUGGAGCUGGUUAUGGGUUGUGAUGCGGCGAGCGGGUGGAAAGGAAUGGUCUUGUAGACAAAGGUCAAUAGACUCAAGAUUGGGUAUCGAUUACUCUCUUCGGAACUUAAUUGCUCCCACCCUCUACCUCGUUUGCCUAAUGAUGUUCUGUUCUUGAAAUGCUUGUGAAACCUUCCCUUGCCUCCCAAGUUAAGUUUUGUUUUGAAGGAUGGUGAGGGGGUUUCUACCGGUCUGAGCCGUUCUAGUGGUUAAAUGAUUGAUUAUUGACGAU